AUGUACGUCCCCAACACAAAGUGGACAUGGUCCUUCAUGGCCAUCGCCCUCAUCCAGGCCAUCGUCGCCCUGACGCUGGAGUCAUAUGUCUUCGGUCGCUUCCAGAGCGAGCUGCACUUCGAAGCCCACAACGUCAACAGCGAGGCCCGCACCGUCCCCACCUAUCUUGCCGUCUUCAUGUUUGGCUACCUCUACCAACUGUUCCUCGUCUGGGAUGCGCUGCGCCUCAAAAACACAAUUCAGGUCAUUGGCCUCGUCAUCUACAACAUAGGCAUCAUGGUGUACGCAGCCAUCCAGUUCGACCAGAUCAAGGACGCUGCCGACGCCCUCAAUCAGAAAGCCUUCAUCCCCGCAGACUUCUGGGUCGAUGUCCAGCCCAUGCUGAUCGCGGUGCCAGUUCUCAUGGCGGUUGCAACCAUCGCCUUUGGCUUUGUUGCCUGGAAGCUGUACGACGAGUUCGCAUGGACCAUCUACAAGCAUAUCAGCGCCGACCUGCGCCUAAAGAGGCGCUAUCUGACAUAUCAGAUUUACAUCGCCCUGCUCAAGUUCGACUUCUUCUUCUUCCUCGCCUUUACUGUCCAAUUUCUCGUCGUCGUCGAGAAGACGUCUACCGUCGAGAUUGCCCUCACGGCUGCGGCGCUGGUCGUCACCUUCUUCCUGCUCUUUGCUGCCGCCUUCUGGGUUCGCCGCGAGUCGGUCAUGGGCAUGAUCGCCUGUAUCGUAGUCUACUUUGUUGCUCUUGCCUACUUCCUGUUCAAGCUGAUUCGCAUGUAUGUCGCGGACCGCCUGCGCCAGGAGGACUACAAGCCGGCUCGCAAGUCUCUGACCGCGUUCGCCAUCCUGACGAUUCUCCUGCUGCUCUUCUCGAUUGUCAUCGCGUGUAUCUGCACGCACAACUUCAACCAGGGUCUGAAGCCUCACGUCAACAAGAAGGCGGCGAUGAGCGACAAGGCGUAUGGCACCGAGAUGCCAUCGGUUGCCGGGCCGCAGCCGAGCCAGCGGAUGGAGAUCGAUUAG